GUUCCGGCGCCGACCUCGGAGACAGGGUCCGACCAGCUAAGAAUUGGUGGCGACCGGCAUAGAGGUGGUGGAGCGGGCCUGGGACCUCUGGGCUGCUGGUCUGUGAGCCUUGCCGUGGUCCUCUUCUAAAGAGAUCUGAAUACAGUAGUAAAGUUAGUGCUGUUGAAAAGGUAGUAGUUCCGCUAGCCGAGGAGCUUCUUGUGAGCACGAACUGUAUCUUGUCCAUCGCUAUGUCUUCAUUGCUGGGUACAGGGCCUGGCAUAUAGCAAACAUUCUGUGAAUGUUGAAUGAAUGAAUGCAUGAAUGAGUGAGUCGCCAUUUUUCUAAGGCGAGAAUUGUUUAAUGAUCAUUACUUUUUGGGUGGAAAGAUGCCUGGUUAUGGAGAAAGGGAGAAUCCCCUGCGUAUCAUUUAUCGCAUUUUUACUCUCUACCUUCCUUCUCCCCUUGCCUCCUCUUCUGCGCACCUAGUGGGAAAAGAACGCUGUAAUUUGCAUUUGAUGUGUGAGCAGCAAACACUGGUCCGUUAGUAACCUAGUGCUAGGACAGUGAAAAAUCUUUUCUUAAUCUCACUGUACAUUACCAUCAGAUAAUGCGGGGGAGUGGACUAUAACUAGAUCUAGAUUCAGGAAACGUGAAUUCUUGUCUCAGUUCCGUAAUUUACAAGCUUUGUGAUCUUGGACAAGCCAGUCUCAAGUUGUCUCAUUCACUUUGAUAAGCAUUUAUGGCCACCUUGUAUGUCCUUCUUUUUUUUUUUUUGUAUGUCCUUAGUUUUUUGGUAGGCUUGACCUAUGACAGACUUCACAGAAGUGACAUUUGCAAAAAAAGUAAGGUUUUGUUAGAUGGAAGAUUCAAGAAACAGCAUAUAUUAAACCACGGAAGCACAGAAAGUCCUUAGAAUGAAAAGGGAACAAAGAUAGCCCGGUGUAGUUGGAGAAUAGAAGAGGGUAAAGUGAGAGGAGAUAAGACCGGAAAGAGAAGUAGAGAUGAGAUCCUGAAUGGUGUUUAGAUUAUCUUGGAAGAAGAGGAGCUCAUGAAGGUUUCAUUCAGGUGAGAAAUACAGUCUGUCACCCAACCUUGUUUCAGCUUUCUGGCUAAAUGACUUUUGUGCCAGUGAUACCAGAGUCCUACAGCCAUGUUCUCACAGAGUUCGAUUCUCUGGAUCUCUUACUCUCAGCUCUGAGGCUCGACUCCAGUCGUCUGAAGUGCACGAGCAUAGCUGUGUCUCGGAGAUGGUUGGCAUUGGGCAGUUCAGGAGGAGGACUCAAUCUCAUUCAGAAAGAAGGCUGGAAGCAGAGGCUUUUUCUUUCACACAAGGAAGGUGCAAUUUCUCAGGUUGCUUGUUGCCUACAUGAUGAUGAUUAUGUUGCUGUAGCUACCAGUCAAGGUCUUGUGGUUGUUUGGGAAUUAAAUCAAGAGCGCCGUGGGAAACCAGAACGAAUUUAUGUGUCUUCAGAACACAAAGGCCGAAAAGUGACAGCUCUCUGUUGGGAUACAGCUAUUCUUAGAGUUUUUGUAGGUGAUCAUGUGGGGAAAGUUUCUGCCAUCAAACUCAACAGUUCUAAACAAGCAAAGGCAGCUGCUGCCUUUGUGAUGUUUCCUGUUCAGACAAUAACAACAGUCGACUCCUGUAUUGUCCAGUUAGAUUAUUUGGAUGGAAGACUGCUUAUAUCUUCACUUACUCGAUCCUUCUUGUGUGACACUGAGAGAGAGAAGUUUUGGAAAAUUGGAAACAAGGAAAGAGAUGGAGAAUAUGGAGCUUGUUUCUUCCCUGGAAGAUGUUCUGGGGGCCAGCAACCCCUGAUCUACUGUGCUCGCCCUGGGUCCAGGAUGUGGGAAGUGACCUUUGAUGGGGAUGUUAUAAGUACACAUCAGUUCAAGAAACUCCUCUCAUCACCACCUCUCCCUGUGAUUAAUCUAAGAUCAGAACCUCAGUAUGAUCAGACGGUUGGAUCCUCUCAGUCUUUGUCUUUCCCCAAACUCUUGCAUCUUAGUGAACAUUGUGUGCUGACUUGGACAGAGAGAGGAAUUUACAUUUUCGUUCCUCAGAAUGUUCAAGUUCUUCUUUGGAGUGAAGUCAAAGAUAUUCAGGAUGUGGCUGUUUGCAAGAAUGAGCUGUUUUGUUUGCACCUAAAUGGGAAAGUCUCACAUCUUUCGCUGUUAUCUGUGGAACGCUGUGUGGAACGCCUGCUAAGGAGAGGCCUAUGGAACCUGGCUGCUCAUACUUGCUGUCUCUUCCAAAAUUCUAUUAUUGCCAGCAGAGCAAGAAAAAGUUUGACUGUUGAUAAAUUGGAGCAUUUGAAAUCUCAGCUGGACCACUCAAGCUGCAGCGAUCUAAUUUCUCAGUUGGAAGAAUUGAUCUUAAAAUUUGAACCUUUGGAUUCAGCUUGCAGCAGUAGAAGAAGCUCCAUUUCAUCACAUGAAAGUUUCAGCAUCUUGGACUCUGGUAUCUAUCGUAUCAUUAGUAGUAGAAGAGGCAGUCAGUCAGAUGAAGACUCUUGUUCUCUUCAGAGCCAAACCCUCUCAGAAGACGAGAGACUUAAAGAAUUCACCUCACAUCAGGAAGAAGACCAGCCAGAGCAAUGCUGUGGCUCACACGAAAACGAAGUGACGUUUGAGGCAGAGAAGAAUGAAUCUUUCCUCCCCUUUGGCAUCCCAUUAUCAUUUCGUUCUCCAUCUCCUCUCGUGUCUCUUCAGGCUGUCAAGGAAAGUGUUUCUAGCUUUGUGCGUAAAACUACUGAGAAAAUUGGCACCUUUCAUACAAGCCCUGAUCUGAAAGUGAGACCAGAACCAAGGGAUGAUGAACAGUCAUGUGAAGAGGAUAUGAGUCCAGUCACCUACCCAAAGGAGGAAGACACUGUGGAAAAAAAAGAGGCAACUAGUCAACCUCCAGAACAAGACUGGUUACAAGAGCUCAAAGUAGCAACAACAGAAGCAAUGACCUUGCUGCAGGACCCACUGGUUUUAUUUGAACCCAGGUCUCUGAGAAUGGUUUUACAGGAGUGGCUGUUACAGUUAGAAAAAACUUUUGCCAUGAAGGACUUUUCAGGCAUUUCGGACACCAGCAGCUUAUCUGUGAAAUCCUACCAGGAUACGCUGUUGCUUGAUGAGUCAGAAAAGGGAAUAUUAGAUGAUGCUAGUGAAAGAGAAAAAAGGGACUCUUUAGACAAUGAAGAAACUAUGGAUCAAGCAGCACGUGAAUCUGUAAGUAGUCUGAGAGAGCCCUCGGAUGACUUUUUCCGAGUGUGUUCUCCAUGCAUCAUAGCAAAUGACCUUCGGCAGGACCUGGCUGAAUUGACAACGUUGUGCUUGGAGUUGAAUGUAUUGAAUUCUAAGGUCGAAUGUACAGAUGGACACGUGGACCUCAGUUUGCAACAGUGCUCUCCUGAAAUUCUGGCUUGUCAGUUCCUAAAGAAGUACUUUUUUCUCCUGGACUUGAAAAGAGCAAAGGAGAGUGUCAAGCUUAGUUAUGCUAACAGUCCUUGUGUUUGGGAUACUUUCAUUGAAGGAUUGAAAGAAAUGGCAAGUUCCGAUCCUGCGUAUAUGGCCAUGGAAGAAGGAGACCUACCAACAAGAUUGAAGUUACUAGAUGACUCAGUCCCUUUUGAUAGUCCUUUAUUGAUUGCCUAUGCUACCCGGUUGUAUGAGAAGUUUGGUGAAUCUGCCCUUCGGUCCUUAAUCAGGUUUUACCCAUCCGUUUUGCCUUCGGAUAUCAUACAACUUUGUCAUGAUCAUCCUGCUCAAUUUUUGGCCUAUUUAGACAGCCUGGUGAAAUCAAGGCCUGAAGAUCAAAGGCCAUCUUUCCUUGAGUCCCUUCUACAGCCAGAGUCUUUAAAAUUGGAUUGGCUGCUUUUGGCAGUGUCCCAUGGUGCACCACCAAGCACAAGCACUAUGGAUGAUGAAGGAUACCCCAGGCCUCAUUCACACUUACUUUCCUGGACUUACAGUCAGCUGAUCCUUCAUUUAAUUAAACUUCCUGCAGAUUUUACAACAAAAGAAAAAAUGACUGACAUCUGUAGGUCUUGUGGUUUCUGGCCUGGAUAUCUUACUCUCUGCUUGGAGCUGGAGAGAAGAAGAGAGGCAUUCACUAACAUCGUGCAUCUGAAUGAUAUGAGUCUGAUGGAAGGGGACGAUGGUUGGAUCCCAGAGACUAUGGAGGAAUGGAAGCUUCUCUUACAUCUUGUACAGAACAGGAGCACCAGGCCAGCCCCCCAAGAGUCACCAAAUGGGAACUUCAGUGAUGGGCCUUCCCCCAUCAGUGUGGAAAAUGUGGCGCUUCUAUUAGCUAAGGCUAUGGGCCCAGAUCGGGCCUGGUCUCUGCUACAGGAAUGUGGUUUGGCCCUUGAGUUGUCAGAGAGGUUUACCAGAACCUGCGAUAUCCUGAGGAUUGCUGAGAAAAGGCAGAGAGCCUUGAUUCAAAGCAUGCUUGAAAAAUGUGAUCGGUUUUUUUGGUCCCAGCAGGCCUAGCGGAAGAAGAUUUGGUACAAUGUCAUGGCAAUUUGAGAAAAUGGAAUGUGAACUUUCUGAAUGUAGUUGUUAUCGAAGGAAAAGCACCACCUGAAAACCCUGCCACCUUGUUUGGGGUACUUUCUGUCAGUGUCUUUCACCUUGGCAUUUGUGUCUCUGUCUGUGACCCCAAUAUUUUUCAACCAAAGUUGAAUUUUGAAAGGAGUCAGGCCUUGUUUGCUCAGGUUAAGUGCUCAGGGAUCAGAAUGUGAUCAUUCCCAGCUGUGCACUCCUUAUUCUGGACUGCAGCAUUAUUAGCUCCUUGCCACUGGAUUGGGGAAUUAUAUUUCCACUCUGGCUCCUGUGUUGGGAGCAGAAUUUCUAGUCAUGGUCCUAUGAAAACAGAUUAUGUUAUUGAGCAGAGUGGAAUUCUUCUUAUAUCUCAUUUGGGCAAUCUAGGAAUUGCUGGAAUAAAGGACCUCUUAUAAUGGAAUUAAUGCAUGAAAUAAAUGAAAUACUGAAGGUUUAAAUUAGAUAUUUAAAUAAAAUGGCUUCAUACCUAAAUUGAGCUAAUUUUAAAAUAUAUUUUUCCCAGUACUUAUUUGAUAUUUUCUAACCUGAACCUGUAUGCAAUGGACUAAUUUAUUACUGGAAAUGUUUUGUCUUAAAUCUUGGUUUAACUAAUCAUCGUGCACUUUUAAGUAUUAUUUUUUAAAAGCCAUAAUAAAAGCUGAGUACUAAUAAAGACAUCAGCAAGUGCUUUUACUAUUUAAGUUAUAUAACUAGACGAAUGUAAAUGUAAAAUCUGAUUAAAGUUUUCAUUUGACCAGAAUUUAGCCUUGAGAAGGUUUAUUUUGAGCAGUUCACAGGAAGGCAUGGGGUAAACUCAGUGUGGAGUAAGCCAAGUGUUGGAUACAUUGACUGAGACAGAGAACUAAAAAAAAAAAAAAAAAGAACUACAGACCAAAAA